AUGUCAACAAACGAUAUCAACAACAGGGAAGUGUCAACGCUUCGUUGUUACAGAUUUUCCAAUGGAUUAACCGACAUUUGAUAAUGAAUUAAUGUUACAGUCAGUCGUGUACAUUCUGAAAGGUACUAUGAGUGAGUUCUGUUGAUUCUACGUUAGUUUAGCAUUUGACGAAGACUUCCAACAUGAGGUCCGAUUCUCCUCUCUCCAACGUCAACGUAGUGCUUGUUAUGGCCUACGGAAGUCUGGUGUUUGUGCUGCUGUUCAUCUUUGUGAAGAGGCAGAUAAUGCGCUUCGCCAUGAAGUCUCGUAGAGGACCACAUGUACCCUUGGGCCACAACGCUCCAAAGGAGCUGAGACAGGAGAUAGACUCUGGUCUGUCCAAGGUUCAGGAGAUCCGUUUUGAGCCGCUCCUGCUGUCAGAACAGGACGACAGACUACAGAGUGGCGGUUGCUAUGACUACCUGUACAGAAUGAGGGCACUAGAUGCCAUAAGAGACUCUGAUAUUCCGUUCAGUGAGUUGGGAGGGACUCCCACAGCUGUGACAGGGAGGAGAUUCCGCGCCUGGCUUCUAGAUCUGAGGACUUCCCAUUCCCUGUUCUGCAGCAGCCGUAGUUCCCUCAUAGACACACUGCUGGAGGGCUACCACAACGCUCGCCACGGCACCGGGGUGUUUGGAGAAGCAGAGUUUGUCAAAUACAAGGAAGCCCUGAACGAACUGGCCUCUGUUAGUUCUUCUUCUCUCCCCAGUGUGAAGAGCCACUCCAGCUCCACCAGUCUGGACCAGCAUCACCAGUUAGCAGCUAAAGACCUGACCAGUACCCCAGAGCCCACCCUCCCCUCUCCCCCCUCCCAGGUCACAUACCUGCCGUCAGCUGGGCAACGCACCAAACGACCAAAACACUUCCUGGAACUCAAGAACUUUAAAGACAAGUACAACACUUUGGAAAGCACAUUCUGAGAACUACAAUCUCCUAUGGCAUAACACGAGAAACUACAAUUCCCUACAGCAUAUCUUGAUAAACGACAACUUGCUGCCUCUGACAACUGCAACUCCCUGGAAAACAACCUGAAAACUACAACAACUCCUCUGCUACCACUUUAAAUCUGUUUUGUUGCGACUACUGGACUCACUUCCCUUCUCUAUUUCCAAAGUAGAGCCUAGAGCCUAGUGAAAAAAAAAAUCUGUUGUUCUGCCCCUGAACAAGGUGGUUAACCCACUGUUCCUAGGCCGUCAUUGUAAAUAAGAAUUUGUUCUUAACUGACUUGCCUAGUUAAAUAAAACGGAAAUGAAGGUAGUGAUAAGUAGAGCUCCUGGAGGUGACAGAUACUGGUAAAAUAAGAGGUUGGUGAGUUAGUUUAGUGAGAGACUUGUUAGUGCCAGCAGAGAGAGAAGAGACUUGGUAGGGUUGGUACUUGGUACAGUUGGGAAGACUGGAGCACAGCAGUAUAGGAAAGACAGUAACAUUACGCUGCCUUACUAGUCCUGAGGAAAAACACUGCCUACUAUCUAUCAUGCAUCUCACAUAAUAAAUAGUGCACUAGAUUUAAGCUUAUUUGACCUUAAACAUUGUUGUGAACUUUUGCACAGACUUUGCAGGUAGAUCAUCAUGUAGGGCUAUACAAAAGAGACCAGACAAGCUACAUGCAGAAUGCAUUAAUGCAGUGUUUCCCAAACUUGGUCCUGGGGACCCGAAGUGGUGCACGUUUGGGGUUUUGCCUUAGCACUACACAACUGACUCAAAUAAUCAACUAAUCAUCAAGCUUUGAUUAUUUGAAUGAGCUGUGUCGUCCUAGAGCAGAACCUGAGACGUACAUCUCUUGGGGUCCCCAGGACUGAGUUUGGUAAACGCUGCAUUAAUGCACAGUGUCAGAGUAAGACUUGUUUAUAAUGUGUUCAGUGCUAACUACGCUAUUGAUGGACUAACAUUAUAGCAGACCAGCGUUCCUCACAAUGGCCCUGGAGAGCUACAGUACAGGCUGUGCAGGCUUUUGUUCCCGCCUAGCACUAACACACCAAUCAAACUGAUUAGUAGAAUCCGGUUUGUCACUGUUGAGCUGGAACAGUACAGCCUGUAACUCUGCAGGACUAGUACAGAAGAACUAUGGAUUAUUCCAGUAUUACUGCUAGACAUUUCCAGUAUUAUUGUCCUGUUGCCAGCACUUGUUUAGGGCAGAGCCAUGUAUUUCCAUAUAUAUUGCUCUGGUUUAGGACUAGUGUUACAAGGAAAUGAACAUGUUACCACAUCUGAUGGUUGUCUAUUUGCUGCAUAAAAAUGAUUAUACUUUUUAGAUUGUACAAUGUUUUUUGUUUGUUGCUGAAAUCUUUUUUUGUAUUCCAUUUUUAAAGAUAAUUAUUUAGAAUAAAGCAUUCAUGUUAAGUGCC